AUGGCGGAUACUCAAAACAAAGAAGACCUCGACAACCAAGCAGAAGUCAUUUCCCGGCAUCUGCAUCCCCGAUUUACCGGAGCGCCUGACGCCAUCAUCGAACAGGAUGAUGAUGGGCGUGGUGGAAAAAGUUCAGGCCACGAUGAGAACCAACAGUCCUCUCUCAAAUUGCAAGGCGGCGAUAUACAUCGCGACAUCUAUCGUAUCGAAGCCCGCUCGAAACGGGCCGGAUUGAAUCAGCGCGCGGCAACUUUCUCGUACUCUCCCAGACUGGAAGCGGACUCUGACCCCGAUACCACGAUACGCAAUGAGCCAGGAGCCUUUCGCCGGCAAUAUGUGUGGCGCUCGAAGCGUGGCUUCAACCACAUAUCUACACCCAAGAGUUUCGUGGACUUUCUACAACUAUACGGCAAAUUCGCCGGUGAAGACUUAGCUGAGUCGGAAGAUGAGACAGAUGCUGAAAGUGCUGGGGCACCGUUUGAUGACGCAGAGGCGGAAAGGAGACCAUUGCUUGCCCGUCGUGAGACCUCUCGAGGGGACGCGUCAGACGUGAAAACUUUCUUUACACUCCUCAAGGCCUUCAUAGGAACAGGCAUCAUAUUUCUUCCCAAGGCGUUCAGCAAUGGUGGUAUACUCUUCUCAUCUAUUGCGCUCAUAACGGUCUCAAUCAUGACAACCGCCUCUUUCCAUUUGCUGCUACAAUGUCAGAGACGGUAUGGCGGCGGCUAUGGCGAUCUUGGAGAAUCUAUUUCCAGCACGCAUCUUCGUUCCCUUAUUCGCAUUUCCAUUACUGCGUCGCAGCUUGGAUUUGUGUGUGCCGGCAUUGCUUUUACUGCGGACAACCUGCUUUCGUUUGUGGAGGGCAUAGCGACCGACUUUAUCCGCACACCGUCGUCGAUUUCUUUUAUCGUUGCCCUCCAGUUGGUGGUCCUCGUGCCUCUCGCCUUCAUUCGCAAGAUCUCCCGUCUCGGAAUGGUAGCAUUACUUGCAGAUGUCUUCAUCUUCAUCGCCAUUGGGUACAUAUAUUACUGCGAUCUUUCGAAAAUCUCUCACCAUGGCUUAGAGCCCACGGUCAGGCUGUUUAACACCGACAAAUUUAUCCUCAUGAUCGGGUCGUCUGUAUUCUUGUUCGAGGGUAUAGGACUGGUUCUUCCUAUCCAAUCUUCGAUGUCACACCCAGACCAUUUCGGUCGCAUCCUCAACACUGUCAUGGCUCUUAUCACUUUCCUUUUCGCUUCCGUCGGAGCUCUCUCAUACGGGGCGUUCGGCAGCCAGACGAAGAUUAAUAUAAUCAGCAAUUUUCCGCAAUCGGAUCUGUUCGUCAAUUUUGUUCGGUUAUCCUUCUCGCUAGCCGUUCUUGCGGGCACCCCAGUGCAGCUUUUUCCUGCCGUGCGGAUUCUGGAAGGAAGGCUAUUCGGCCGCAAAUCUGGUCAGCGAUUCCCCCUUAUAAAGUGGAAGAAGAAUAUGCUCAGAACCGGCAUCGUCGUCCUUUGUGGCUUGAUUGCAGCACUAGGCACCACCGCAUUGGAUAAAUUCGUUGCCUUGGUGGGAUCCGUUUUAUGUGUUCCUUUGAUAUUUGUCUAUCCGGCGUAUUUACAUUGGAAAGGCAUCGCCAAUACUAGGUGGGCAAAAGGAGGAGAUAUAGUGAUCAUUUUCAUGGGGGUCAUCUGCAUGAUUUAUACCACUAUCGUGACUGUGUCUUCCUCAUGA